ACUCGUCUGUACUCCGUUCAUUCAAAACGAGGCGUGGGGCGGAGCCAGGGCAGUGCUGCUUCUGCUGCAAGUCCAAGAUGGCGGAGGGUCUGACAGCCCAAGAGCAGCUGACAAUAGAAGAAUUUUUCCGAGAACUGAAGAGAAGAGAGCAUCCCAAUGUUGUCUUAGUGUCCCAGAAAACUGCUGUGAAAUUUUUAAUGGCAAGAAAAUUUGAUGUUUCUCGUGCCAUUGAUUUGUUCCAAGCCUAUAAAAAUACAAGAUUAAAGGAAGGUAUCAAUAAUAUUAAUCCUGAUGAAGAGCCCCUAAGGUCAGAACUUCUAAGUGGCAAAUUCACAGUUUUACCUGGAAGAGAUGCAAAGGGAGCUGCAAUCGCCCUGUUUACAGCCAGAUUACACAGACCUGAUAUAACCACACACAAAGCAGUACUGCAGGCUAUCAUUUAUCAACUGGACCGUGCAAUUGAAAGUAUACAAACACAACGUGAUGGUUUAGUUUUCAUCUAUGACAUGACAAGCUCAACCUAUGGAAAUUUUGAUUAUGAGCUUUGUGUGAAAAUAUUGAAUCUUCUCAAGGGUGCAUUCCCAGCAAGACUUAAAUGCGUUUUUAUCGUCUCUUCUCCUCUGUGGUUUCGUGCACCAUUUGCUGUCCUCAGGCUAUUUGUAAGGGAGAAACUUCGGGAAAGGGUCUGCACUGUGAAGUCUCAUGAAUUGACCAGCCACGUGCCAAUGGAAUCAUUACCCGAACAUCUUGGAGGCUCUUCAAAGUACAAUCAUGUAGCCUGGAUCCAAGCUUGUGUAAAUUCCAGCCAAAGCCAACAGAAUGGAGAUUGCUUGGACAGUCUUUUUAAUUCAUAUACGUUGGAUCAAAAUCCUAGCAGUGAUGGGCUGAAUUCCAAUUGCACUGAACAGACAGUGACUGAUAACACCAAGCACCUACACAAUCAUUGCCAUGAAAAUCGGACUAGUAAUUUUCAUAUGAACCCUAAUAGUUUGAGUAAUUUCCAGCAUUGGAAUGGGUCUGUAGUCCGUAUGAACUAUGAAGGCAAUGAGAAAGGAUCAAGUGCCAACACAAACGAUCGAAAGCCUCCACCGCAGUCUGAAACACCUCCAGACACGCCUUUACACAAGCAUGCCUCUGCGGAUCUAAACGUUCCCCCACUUCCUCAAAAGUCCAGACCUUCUGUGACUGAAUUGUCCAUCCAUAUCCCAGACAGUGGUGGAAUGAAUGUUCAGGAACUUGUACAGUAUGUGAAAAAGAAGAAAAAGAAAGGAAUUUAUCAGGAAUAUGAAGAAAUCAGGAAAGAGCCACCUUCUGGAACAUUUGAGUACUCCAAGAAGACAUGCAAUCAAAUCAAAAAUCGGUAUAGUGAUGUUCUCUGUUUGGACCAGACCAGGGUUAAAUUAAAUCCGGUGAAUGAUGAUGAUGAGAGCUCUGAUUAUAUUAAUGCAAGUUUUAUGGAUGGAUAUAGAAGAAAAAAUACCUAUAUUGCCACACAAGGGCCUUUGCCAAAAACAUUUGGAGACUUCUGGCGUAUGGUAUGGGAACAAAAGGUUUUAAUUAUUGUAAUGACAACAAGAGUUGUUGAACGAGGUAGAAUAAAGUGUGGGCAGUACUGGCCACUUGAAGCUGGAAAAGCUGAAGAAUAUGGGCAGUAUUUAAUUAGAAAUAUGCGUAUAGAGAUGUUUCAAGACUUCAAGCUCUCUCAUUUAAAAGUUUACAACAAGGAGGCAAAAGAAAGUAGAGAUGUUUCUCACUUUCUUUAUAUGAGCUGGCCUGAUUUUGGUGUUCCAAAGAGUGCUUCAGCCAUGUUGGAUUUUAGAGCUCAAGUUAAGACUCAUCAUGAGAAGGCAGUCCAGGCCAUGGGAUUAGAAUGGAAUCCUCCCAUAGUUGUGCACUGUAGUGCAGGAAUUGGAAGAACAGGUACGUUUUGCACUCUGGACAUCUGUUUGUCCAGGCUAGAAGAUAUCGGUACAGUGGACAUCAACCAAACAGUGAAGAGAAUGAGAACUCAACGUGCAUUCAGCAUUCAAACCUGGGACCAGUAUUAUUUUUGUUAUAUGGCUAUUAUAGAGUAUGCCCAAAGAAGAGGCUUACUGGCUCCUGUGGAGUGGUCUGACACAGAUUUGGAGACGGACAGUGAGUGAGUGAGUGAGUGAAUGAGAAGUUUGGUUAAGACGCUGUGGUGUACUUGUUGAUACUGUUACAUUUAUGAUCUAUUGUUACUUAUCAGAUCUACAGUUUUAAAAGCUUAGAAUAAAGCACUGUAAAACUGGUGUCUUAUAAAGUGUAGCAUUAAAGAGGUAAAGAAAUUGCACAUGGGAAUGACAAACUUGAAACCAACACAUUGUUUGUUUUGUUUUUGUUUCACACUUGUGCUUGAGAAGUGUACAAUGGAAAACUUGAAUGGAUUAUAAAAAAAAAAAAGUUAAUUUGAAGUUAUAAAUUAUGGCCUCUGUACAGUGAAAUUUUGUGUUAUUUGUGUGUUUUUUCUCUUUGUCUGAUUUUUUUUUUUUCCCUUCCUUUAAUUGUGUUUUUGUACAGUUCUCAGUGAUUGUUUCUUGCAACCCAAAAAACCAAAGUUUGUAUCUGCUUUGCUCAUUUGGUCUGUUAACAGUUGACACAAGCUCCAUAUAAUGAUGUGUCAUAUUUUUAUUCAUUAUAGCAUUUGUGACAGUCUGAUUUUUAAAUCGGCAUAACAAAAACUUCUUUAUUCCGGGCUAACAUUUUUAAAUGCUAAACAUGUCACAUUACUUUCUGUGGGUCACUAAUUUAUGCAAAUGGCCUACCAGUUUGUAAUUCACAUGUAUAAAUUGGCCUUAACUCUAGUCUUUUAAGCUGCCGUAAUAGAAACAUUUAAAGACACAGUUGUUCACCUUGACACUACACAUUGCAGUGGUUUGUCUAGUGACCAACACUGCCUUACAUAGAUAUAUAGAUAUAUAUAUAUAUAUGUAUAAAUAAAUAAUAUAUAGACAUAAUAUGUGCCUUCAACUUGCCUGUAGAACAUUUGUCUAUAAUGCAGACUAGCAACUGACAUAUAUUUGCGUUAAAGGUUUGAAUAUGUUUGUAAUCUCAGGGGUAAAGCUUAUUGUUGCUAGUUUUUUUUUUUUUUCUCUUCCUUUUUUCCCUCCAAGAAAAGAAUUUUUAUGUUUUAGUUAUAUUUUGUAUUUUAUAUACCGUGUUUAUUCUGUUUAUUUAUGUGGCUUUGUAAACAUUGACAGUAUUAAUAAAUGAUUGUUGGUACGAUGCUAAAACAAUCUUUAUUUUACUUCUUCAGAAAAGUUAUAUAGAAGAGCUUUAUUAAUUUAAUCAUUGAUUAUUAACCGGUUUAAUGAAAUUAGCUUAGACAAGAUGAGUUGGCCAGCAGUGGCUAAUACAUAGUUAAAGAAUCUUGUUUAAUUUAGUUUUAUCAGUCAGUCUAGUCAGGUAUUUUUUUUUUUAAUACAAUAAUUAGCAUGACAUCUUAGAAAUAUAUACAAUUUCUACAGUCAUGGUCAUCCCACCCCACUCCACUCCACUUGAAGUAAAAGGUUUAUGUAUAAGAUAAAAUGUAGAAACUGACAUAUUGUGUACUUCAGUUAUUUUAGAAAGAAUAAGGCAAUGCAGCUUACAUCGGCUAGCCAAGUUUCCUCUGUAGAGAACCUUUCUUCAUCGUGUAGUUGUUUCAUAUUAUUCAUUGCUACCAAUGUCUAACCUUUUUCUGUAUAAUGUAAUCUACCCAUGUAUGAAAUUUUAUUCGUUUUUAAACUAUAUACAGGAUGAGUGUAACAAAGUUUCAAAACAUUGUAAAAUGCUGAAUCUUGGAAAUGUGCACAUUGUGAAUGUACUAUACACUAAGGACACCAUUCUAAAACAGAGUAAGAGUUAUAAAUUAUGAAUGUAAUCAGUUUGUCGUUUUGAAUAAUAAAAAAAAAAAAAAAAUUGGCCAUGCUUUUGAGGAACAAUUCAGUUUUUUUUUUUUUUGUUGGAUUGGAGACAUCUGUGGGCAGAAUCUGAACCUUACAACAUGUUAAACCUUUUUUGUACUGAAAAGGGCUCAAAGUGUUAGAUAAAAUAAAAUUCAAAAAUGAAAGUUCUCA